AUGGCGUCUUCGCGGUCACUGGCGGCGCCGGCCCGCCGGUUGACGAGGUCGCUGGCCGCAGCAACGCCUGCGAGGGCGGGCUUCGCGGCGGCGGCUCCUCGCUGCUUCCACGCCGCCCCAGCCCGACGGUCCGGCGCAUCGCCAUCCAACCCGGCCAUGGCCUUUCCCUGCCUCGACGCCAUGGAGACGCGCUCUCAGACGCUCCAGGCUGGCAGGUCGUCGUCGUCGUCCGGGUCCGGGCCCGAACCCUCGUACACGUCGGGCGCGACCCAGACCUACCACUGCAAGGAGCCCCUGGAGCUGGACUGGGGCGGCGUCUUGCCCGAGUUUACCAUCGCCUACGAGUCCUGGGGCGAGAUGAACGCCGACAAGUCCAACGUAAUUCUCUUGCACACGGGCUUGUCGGCGUCUUCACACGCCCACUCGACGGCCGCGAACCCGCAGCCCGGCUGGUGGGAAAAGUUCAUCGGCCCUGGCGGGCCCCUCGACACGGACAAGUACCACGUCAUCUGCACAAAUGUCAUCGGCGGCUGCUACGGCUCGACAGGCCCCAGCAGUAUCGACCCGGCCAACGGCGAGCGCUAUGCCACGCGCUUCCCCGUCCUGACCAUGCAGGACAUGGUGCGCGCCCAGUUCCGCCUCCUCGACGGGCUCGGCGUCGAUCGCCUCUACGCCAGCGUCGGCUCCAGCAUGGGCGGCAUGCAGUCGCUCGCCGCCGGUGUGCUCUUCCCGUCGCGCGUCGGCCGCAUCGCCUCCAUCAGCGGCUGCGCACGCAGCCACCCCUACAGCAUUGCCAUGCGCCACACCCAGCGCCAGGUGCUCAUGAUGGACCCCAACUGGAACCGCGGCUUCUACUACGACAAGAUCCCGCCUCACGCCGGCAUGAAGCUCGCCCGCGAGAUCGCCACUGUCACCUACCGCUCCGGCCCUGAGUGGGAGCAGCGCUUCGGCAGGCGGCGGGCCGACCCCAGCAAGCCCCCGGCCCUGUGCCCGGACUUUCUCAUCGAGACGUACCUCGACCACGCCGGCGAGAAGUGGUGCCUUACGUACGAUCCCAACAGCCUGCUCUACGUGAGCAAGGCCAUGGAUCUGUUCGACCUGGGACGUGAGAACCAGGUCGCCGCCCAGGCCCGCCGCGCCGCCCGCCAGCGCGACAUCGCGGCCGGUGCCUGCACGCCCGCCGAUGCGCAGUGCAACCUGACGCUGCCCGCCACACCGUACGAGGAGCAGCCCGGGUCGCAGGUCGACGCUGACGGGCCCAUCGGACCGUCUUCGUCGCGCCCACCCUACGACCUGGUGCUCGGCCUCGCCCCCUUGCGGGACAUCCCCACGCUCGUCAUGGGCGUGGCGAGCGACAUCCUCUUCCCGGCGUGGCAGCAGCGCGAGGUCGCCGAGGCGGUGCGCCUGGCGGGCAACCGCAACGUGACGCACAUGGAACUGAGCGAGGAGAUGAGCCUGUUUGGGCACGACACGUUUUUGCUGGACCUGGAGCACGUGGGCGGGAAUCUGCAAAUGUUUUUGAAUUGA